CCCCCCUGCCAGAGGACAGAGGUCAUUGCCGUACAAUCUCUGAAAGCGCGACAAUUUUUUCGCUAGUCUGUCGAUCGAUUCAAAAUGGCGGCCGACGACGACAACGUGCAAGACAAAACAAAAAUCAUGGAGUCGCCAGACGACAAGAAACCCGAAGAAAUUGUUCCUUUAACUUUGGAAAGUAUCCUUUGUCGGUUAAACUUGAAUGUUAAUUUCGUUUUAUUAUGUUUACUUCUGUUUAAUUUAAUGUAUAUGACUUUCUGCCGUAUUUUUCGAAUUUUGAAUUUUUCGAACAUAAAAAUAUAGACAGGCCAUCCAAAAUAUUUGGUUUGUCCAUGUGUUUUUUAUAGUAACUUUGCAAGGCUGUAGAAUUGAAUGUAGUGUGUCAUGAUGUGUUAAAAAUCAUGGAAUUAUUGAGGAAUAGUGAAAUUUUGUACUGUUCUAGGACACGUCAUCUUUGAUCUUUCGUGUUUUAUAUGUUACAAAUUUGUUACAUUUUUAUUUAUUAAUAUUUGAUAGUUUAUAUUAUUAUAUUCCAGUUUAGUAUUAGACCAAGUGAAUAGUUAAGUAUGAAAACAAUUACAGUCCUUGCAAUUGUAAUAAUAUAUUACCGAUUGCAGUGUGGAAAUGGAUAUUUUUAACCUAACUACCUUGUCUUGCAAACACAUGUCAUUCCAGAAAACAUCCAUAUCUCCCCCGCGGGGGAAAUUUGCUAUUUUAUUACUUAAUUAAUCCCUAUUAAUUAACCUUAUUUUAUUAAUUAACCCCACCCCCUUUGGAUGUUCUAAUACACUUACUAUUAUCAGAAACAAAUCCCCCCCCCCGGACAGCAGAUUUCCCCAUUGGGGCAGGGUGGAUCUUUCUGGAACAAGUCAAUGUAAAUUUCUCUUUCAAAACUCCUGACAUGCAAAUAUGAGCAUCCAUAGUGUAGUCUUAUUUUGUGGUUGCCCAGGCCAAUGAUUUUCACAAUGGAUCUAUGCAGGGGUGGUGCUAGACCUCUUUGAAUGGGGGUGGGGAGGGUGGAGUGCAUUUUGCUGACUUAUCAAGGAUAAUUAAUAUUUCUUUUCCCAAAAUUGUUGGUGAGAGCGCGAGGGUUCUGUUUAGGCCAACUAAAAAUAAUAGUUGGUUUCAGGUUUCCGACCGACCUUUCAAAAAUAUGACCGACCAUAAACAUUUUAUUGACAUUUCCCAGUGGAGAUCAUCUUUUCAUAAAUAGCAGAAUAUAUAAAUAGUCAUCAGACUCAUUUGUCUACAAAUUAUUUUGUUUGCUUAUAAUUUAAUCAUUAUCUAGUCAUGUUAAUCGUAGUUUUAUACAAAGAACAGUUGAAUAAAAUAUUAAAAAACGUACAUUAUUCUGACAUGACAGCUACAUGAAGCUGAAAAAAGACAAAAAUGCCUUGAUGCAUUUGUUUCUCGUGAAACACAUGUAGCCUGUGGGUGAUCCCGUGUGGCACAUUUGAUCACAUGUGACAGUUACUCAUAAACAAUGGUGGCACGAGAAAUACUUGACAAUGAGUUUUAACUUAUUGCAUACUUGAGGUAAAAUAUUUUUUAGAAUAAAAUUUUUCUGACCUACCUACCCAUAUAAAACAUGGCUGUGAAGUCUGAAACCAACUAUUAUUUUUAUUUGGCCUUAACCAUAAGUUUUGUAAAUUUCUCCACAUUUUAGCUAUCAUUCUUAAUUUUUAAUUGGUGUCACUCAAAUAUUUAAUUUUUUCCCUUCGUAUCCAAGUUCAUGUUUUGCCGGCUGGGGAUGCUUUCCAUUAACACGUCUGACCGGAAAAUUUUGAUAAAAUUAGAAUGGGCUCCAUUUUUGCUUGAUAUUUGAGAAACAUAGACCAGAUCUUUCCAUUGAUUCAAAGACAAAGAUUUGGGUCUGACCGGUCAGGCCAUUAAAUGGAAAGUGCCCUGAGAUUCCUGAUGACUUGGGGGAGUUCCACCUCCCCCCCCCCCCCUUUAGUGCCGGCCCUUGAUCUAUGUGUUCUGUAAUUUAAUAACCCUUUAAGUUAGUGGCAUUGAGCUCUAAUGCACCCUACUGUCUUAUUUUACUCGUAUAACAACAGACAAUUUUACUUAUCAAGGGGAGGGCCUGGCACUUAAGAAUUUAACGUUGUUUAUUCUUAACUAUGUCAGUAUUACCAAUGAUUAAAGAAAUUCAACAACAGCACGGUUUAAGGCAUGGUGAUUAUCAAAGAUAUAGGUAUGUGAUAAGAUCGCUAUUUUACCAGUACCUUUCUCAUUCACUGAUGGUAUUUUGAAAUUUUAUUCGCUGUAGGCAGUACUGUGCUCGUAGGCUGCGGAGAUUGUACAAGGUAUUGCAUUUCACACAGGGGACUCGUAACAGUGUGAAACCAAAGAAAGUCGGGGAAGAUAAAUUGAAUGAUGUCAGGUGAGAAUGACUUGCUCUGAGAGCAAAUCUUGCAUAGAAAAUAGGUUCCAUUUAUAUGAAUGUAAAUAAAGUAUGGCUUAUUUAAAUAAGUUGCAAACGACUCAUAUAAACAGUCGAUGUGUAAUUACUUGUCUUAGUCAAGUUAAAACAAUAAUUGUUUUAACUUGACUAAGUAAUUACAAAUUGACUGUUUAUAUGACUUGUUUGCAAUUAACAAUAAUUACUGUAUUGUACGCUCAGGUAUCUUCAUGUGGUUCUUAUGAAUGCUGAACGUGCAUGGAGUUAUGCCAUGGAACUGAAACUACUUGCGAAUACAGAGCCAAGAAAGAGAUUUCACAUGUUACGACGGCUAAGUAAGGCCACACAACAUGCCAAAGAACUGCAAAAGCUGAGUGAGUCUGAUCAAUGUGAUCCUCGCACAAAGCUAGAAGCACAGGUACAGUAUAAUAUUUCUCCACAGCUUUACAAUGUUUUGGGGCUCAAUUGUCGGAGCAAGUACCUUCUACCUUGCAGAGUGUGUUUGAUUCUCACUGCGGACUUAUGCCAGCCAGGGUCUGAAAUUUAUAUUUUUUCUCGGUAUCCAAAUGGGAAACCACGAUUGAAAGUUUAGUAUCCCCCCCCCCCCCAAGAGUCCAGUAUAGAGAUACCAUAGAUAGAAAAACUUUAUUUAUCCACGCUAACCCUGUCAACCGAGGCUGAUUUCCACAGGGGGCGUGUAUCCCACUUCUGGAUUCUGGUUAUCAUAAGUAUUAUACCCUGUCCCAUCCAAUAACUCUCACUGUUACAAAUUACAAUAGCAACAGGAGAUUCAACAGUCAACAACUAGACAGUUGAUUAAUACACAAAAAUGCACAUAAUAUGAGGAAAGGCUUGGGUGGCAAACUUGUAGUAUUCAAAAGCUAUCUGGAAACUGUCGGAGGUGCUUAACAUUUUCCUAAUGUUUGAAAUUUUCUUAGUAACCAGUUGGGAUAUAAGUCUAACACAGUUCAAAACCAAAUUUUAGUUUGGUAUCCAAAACCAAAUUUUAGUAUCCAUGAUAAAUUUUACUUAGAAGCAUCUGUUACAUUUAAUAUGUAGGCCUACUGUUGUUAUAUGGUUGGCACUUUGAAAUUUGAAAUGCAACAAUGGAAGGAAGCAUUAGAAUUAUUUGGCGAAGCAAGGUUUGUGGAAGAUUUUUUUCCUUUUUGAGUAUUUAGGAACUUGACAUUUUAUUAUUUUGAUCUAUUGAAUGCCAUAUGCUUUCAUUACUCAACAAGGUGGCCAAAAAAAUAUUUGUUCUGAAUAACUUACAGGACAAUUUAUGAGAAACUAGGCAGUGCAUUCUCAGAAGAGCAGCAGAAUUUCUACCAACAGAAGGCGGAUGAGAUCACUCCCAACAUCAGAUAUUGCGCUUAUAACCUUGACGAUGGAAACGUGGAUAUAAAUGAGUUGAUGAAGAUGAGAUUUAGUUCGGGCACUGGAGCUCAAGAUUUGCUGGCUGAUAAACUUGAUGUAAGAUUGUUAACUCUUUCUCGACCGGCCUAUUCACGUGAUAAAUAGGUGUGUUAUGUUCCGGUGUGAUUUUCUCUGCAUGUACUGGACCCUUUUAAACUGUUGGGAGUAUACUAGUCUAGUACCUGUAGGUGUAGGUGUAGAUGUUUUUCUGUUGUUCGUUGCCUUGGCUAAGUUAAGGUGAUUCAUCAGUUUGCAUUGCGCACUUUUACUGCACAUAUCUAUUAACAAAUUCUAGCUAAUAUAUGUAGUUGAACUGUGAUAAAGAAAGAGUAAGGCAAAGAGAAAAACACUCUGCAUUGAUUAGGUGUGCUUCAGGAAAUAUAUCUUCAAAAAUGACAGAACUCUGGCUAGGGCUCCUGCGCAACUAACACUAAACCACAUCAUGUUGCAUGUUUAACUCUGUAUCUCUUUAAGGAGGUCUGUGGCCCUACCUUUUUAUUUUAUAUUUUUGUUCUUCUAUACGUUUUACAUAUCAUGCAUAUCAGAAAAUAAGUAUAUAUAAAAAGAAAAUUUUACAUGUCAUGCAUAUCAGAAAUUACAGUAUAUAUUAUUUUACACUUUUUGCACACAUGCUUCCCAAAAUAAACAUGUCUGGGAAGAUGGGAAAAGACAUCUUUGCACAACGAUAUUUUCAUGUAUAGACAAUAAUGACUAAUAUGAUAUUUUCAUGUAUAAUCACUAGAUAGACAUUUUUAGUAGGAUCCUUGUUAGAGAAAAUUCAAUAACGGUUGAGCAAUUGCGAUUGUUCUUGAAACUCGCAAAAGGGUCAAGAUAGCGCCAUUUGAGGGAAAAGGUGGCACAUUGCACUUGUCAUAUGUAUCUUCGAAACCAGUUGGGGGACCCCAUCUUUUUUUCUGUUUUUACUAUAACCAUAUCAUAAACUUCACCUCUGGGAAGUUUCAGCAAAUUCUCAUUUCCAGAACAAUUACUGAUGAAUCACCUUAAAAAGUCCUUUCUGAAAAUUCUUUUUAAUGAGACGAGUUGAAUGAUACAUUAUAUUUGUCUAUCUGAUAACCGUAUCCGGAGAUAUAUGGCUCUAAAUAUGGCUUGAAUGGUUGUAUGGUUUGUGUUUUAGAUGGUGAUAUCUCAAACUCGCGAGAAACAAGCAAGUUCAUUGACGGAGAUUACAUGGAAGGGAAAAACUGUUCCAGUCAAAAACGAGCAAGUUCGUUCGUUUAUUCUUCAUUCAAAUGACAGCAAACAGGAGGUCGAGAGAGCUGGAAGUUUCGAAAAUAAAAUGGCUGUCUAUGAUCAGUUGUUGAUGGAAUGUAAAGAUGGAUUGCAGAGUUUGAAGGAUGAGAUGAAACCUGACCAGGUUAGCCUAGCAUCCUGGCAAGAUGAGAUAUAUUGCAUGAUUUGCGUAUGGGACUGGUCAUUUUUUUAUGGCAGGGGAAACUCUGCAGUCUAAAGUUUCAUGUUGUCUGCACAUGUACUUUCUUUGGAGACACCAUUUGCCUCCUGGCAAAUCGGAAAAUGAUCAAGAUAUGAUUGAUGUAGCUACAUACUGUAUUGACAUAUGACUAUUUUUAGUCUUCAAUAUUUGAGUGAGUCUUGCUUUGGAAAUGACAAUAAAUUUUUAUUACCCAACCAUUUACCCAGCCUGUUACUCACUGAAAAUUUUGUUUACCCAACCCUUUUCUCUUCGGUGCCGCCAUAAAUAAUGACUAGUCCCUAAUUUUGAAAUUUACAAAAAUUCAUCAUAAUUAUGAGUUGAGAGCGGCCCAUUAACAUCUAUUUCUACACAUCUAUCAUUCUUCAUCAAAUUUUUUCUCAGGGUAAAUCCAAGGUUCCGAAGACCGAGGCACAUGUGGCAACGCUUCAAUUCCUUCACUCGUAUUUGACCUACAUUCGUCUCACCAAGACUGUUGAACGUAAUUUACUGAUGGUGGAUUCGUUGAAAAGUAACUUUCCCACUGUGCUGUUGCAGUCAAAUUACUCAGAAAGCUCUCAGAGUGCGGCUGGCUCUUCGUCGAAGAAGAUCACCAAACCAGAAGAUCUUGUCCGGAUAUAUGACAUUAUACUACAGGUACAGUUUAUCAAUUGUAUAUACCUUGAACGGUCAACGGUUGGUGCCAUUUGGCACCGUUGGUAACGAAGAAUACAAACUGCGAACUUUUGUAGAUGAUACAAUAGUAGCUUGAGUUGUCUUUACCAGUUUAGUAGUGCCAAUCAAAUGAGGAAGCUUUCGUUGGUUACAUAAGCUUUUAUACUAAGAAUAUAAAAGCGAUCACGUGACAAAAAAUAAACCAAUCAGAUGGAUUUAAUCAAAACAAAGUACAUAGUGCGUAGUCACAUAGUAAGGUACGACACUAACCCUUCAGCUAUUCAAAAACAGCACUGACACUCAAGGGAAGCUCUGAUUGAACCUCCACAUUGCUUCUACUUGCAACUCGUGCUCAAUUGGUACAACUUGAUUGGACAAUAUAAUAUUUUCUUAGAAUUUAACCGACAUCGAAGACCUUCUUGAAGAUGACGAAUCCACUUUGACUCAGAUAAUUGCUUCUCAGAAAAGUUUGUUUAAAGCUCAUAGGUAGGGUUUAAAACUCAUUUGUGGUCGAAGCACCUUAACAAUAUGAUAAAAAUAUAGGUACAUACUGCGUACAUGUUUCAAGCCGCCUUUAAGGUAAAGUAACACGAGCAACAAAAUUGCAGCAACUUGCAAUAAAAUCUGAUUCCAACGCAUGUUAAUUGCAAAUUUGUACUAAUGUUGUCUCGGGUGUUGCAACUUGUGUGUGAACAUUUCAAUUAACAUGCGUUGAAAUAAAAUUUUAUUGGAAGUUGCUUCAAUUUUGUUGCUCGUAUUACUUUACCUUUAAUGUUGAUAACUUCAAGGACUGCCCUGUUGAACAAUGAACUGUAAUAAUUAUGCAUUAUAAUUGUUGCCUUAAUUUAUGAGCUUCCAUUAUAAAACAUAAUCAGAUAACAACUAAAACUUGUUUGAUAAUCAAUAAAACCAAUGGCAGACACUUCCCAAAAUAUUGAUGGGCCGAAGUUUUCUUUUAGUCCUUGGUGAUUUUAAGUUUCUUUUGAUUCAGUUUGACCCAUUUUCUUCCCUCUAUUUAGGUGUCUAUACAUAGCUCAUAGUUAUCUAUUAACGAAGAAAUGGAAGGAAGCAACUGCUCUUUAUGAAAGAGUCUUGAAAUAUGCUGACGAAGCCAUUUCCUUGUAUAAGAAGUUACCAAAUGAACAGGUAAAAGUGCAGUAUCUGUUCUUUAGAAUUUCUCACAAGCUGUAAAUAUCGAGAUUUUUGGCAUCUCGCUCGAUAAAGUUAACAAGUUUAAGGGUUUUUGUAGGUGGAAACAGAAGAUACAAAUUUAGAGGCCUAUACUUAUAAUUUUCGUAACUGUUUCUGGUUAGCUCGAAAAUUGUAUAUAAUCUUCCGCUUGAAAAUGAAAUUUACAUCUACAAAUAUCCUUCACCUGUUAGUUCUAUCGAGCGAGAUGCCCAAAAAUCUCGAUAUUUACCCAUACCUUACAGUGGCUCGACACCUGGAGUAGGUCAGUUGGUAGGGAGUUUAAGAUCUUGACGACGGACUACCGACUACGUUUGAAAUAGUUUUUGUUAAAUGUAUGCAAGUACUGAAAUGCUUGUCAUAACAAAUUUAUCCCAAAUAUGUUUUAUGUACAUGGUUUUGUGUUCGCGGUAAGUUUCAUCUUUUAAUUUUCAUCAUUUCUUUAUAAAAAUACUCUCCAACCUGCAACGUUGCGUAGCCAGUUUCGGUGCUAUGUUCUUGAUUCUGUGAGUUUACCUGUAAUACUGUGUCAACAACUUUCUUAUGCAAUUUAUAAUAGGAACGUAUAUCAGAGAUUGGUGAACUAACUGCUCAAGCACAAGGUCAUAUGUACACUGCUCAUGCCUCGUAUCUCCUCGGUAAGUUGGUUUAUUUUGUCUUGGUUAAGUUAGUUGUAUAAGAUUGAUGUGGUUGGUAUGGUUGGAUGCAUGUUGCGCUAUAAUAUUUCUUCUUUGACUUUGUAUUACGUCAUAGACAUUGAUGAUACUGAUGACAAGAUGAAAACUCUAACACUUCAUGAUAAAGUAAGUUUCUUGCUGGGUUAAAUUGUUUACAAAAUUGGUCUUCUCCGUGAUCCUCCGAUAAAAGGGACUUCUAGGUAUAAGGAAAGUUCAGUGUUGGUUUCCACCUGAAGACUAAUGAGCUGAUGGAACUAGCCAGUCUAGCCAGUAGUUUAGCCAGGUUUCCUCAUCCAGCCAGAUCUGGUUAGGUGGGGGGGUGGGGGGGGGUGCUCAUUGACCCUCGGUCAUGCUUCAGAGUGCGACCGUUGACCAAGUGCGUACAAGCGGGAGCUAUGGCAGCAAGGCACCAGUCCGUAGUCUUGCUUAUAAAUAUUUCACAAUCAUGUUACCAUCUUAUUUUGUCACCGUCUUAUUUUUGGUUUUGGUCAUUGGAAAUUGGCAUGCCCUUCCACCCUCCACCUACAAUCAUAGACAAAUUUACUCGGACAAACAUGGCAAAUAAAUUAUUUUUUGAAACAUUUUCAUAUAUACUUCGUAAAGUCGGUCCCCCCUCCCCUGAAACAAUGUUGAUGAACACUUCAGUCAUUAUGGCAACUAUUGCAGUAUCUGUAGCAACAACAUUGUAACGGGGGAGCGGGGAAUACGGCUGAAUAUGCGUAUAAUUAUUCAGUGACCGGGAGCGGGGAAUACGGCCGAAUAUGCGUAUAAUUAUUCGAUUCCUUUAAAUUUCAGCCAUUUUUAAUCAGCGUCCGCAUGUUAUUUGUCUAGGAUUGUAGGAGGGGUACCGAUCCCUAACUAGAUAGUUACAGUAAUGGGCUAACCAUCCCUGACUAGAUAGUUACAGUAAAGGGGUAACCAUCCCUGACUAGAUAGUUACAGUAAGGGUCAGAAUCGAUAGGGCUAACUCAUAGGGGCUAACUUCAUGGAUUAUAUAUGCUUAUUUAUAUUCAUCCUUCUAGCCACUGCAAGACAGACUUGAUGUCUACGAUGCUAAGCCAUUAAAUACAAAGAAACCAAACCUUACUCACUUUCCUCCAGAUUUUGAACCGAUCCCUUGCAAACCAUUAUUCUUCGACCUCGCCUCGAACCAACUACAGUUUCCAUCACUGUCGCACCGUAUGGAGCAGAAGAAAGCUAAUGCUGGCAUUACUAAUUAUAUCAAAGGAUGGUUUUGGGGUAGUGGAAGUAGUUAAUGAAUUAUAGAUAUUUGUUUUUGAAAUUGUCGUGUAAUAGAGUAAAAAUCUGCUAUCACAAGAUUAUAUUAUGCUGGCCAUUUACUGUCAUUGAGUCCGAUUCUUUAAUAAAGGAUGGGUUUUAGUUUAGUGCGCGAUGGUUUUUUUGUUAUUACGUACUAUAAAGCCGGGUUCACAUAUGCCUGGGCUAUCAUCAUUUACAGCUGUUGAUGCACACAUUCUUUUUUGUGAAUUAUAUAUUUUUUUAAAUUCGUACUCUCACACUAGUGUCUCCCAUAUUUGAAUAUUUCGUGGCUGCAUUUCUUAUAGUACACACGUAGAAACGCACAAUUUGUUACAAAUCUGCAAACAAGUUGUUACAAAUCUGUUCACAAGCUGUCAAGAAGUUGUCUUCGCACUGCUUGUUCCCAGGUAUUGUAACAAGUUUGGACCCAGCUGUCAACAAUUUGUAACAAGCUUGAUGGCAAUGGCAUUAUCAGACUGAUCACAAGUUGUUCUAACAAGUCUGAUACAGUCAUGGUUAAAAAGAGUGUUACAAGGUUGACGACACAAGGUUGUAACAAUACUGCUAUAUCAUGACUGUAUCCGUGUAUCGGACUUGUUGGAACAACCUUGGAACAAGUCUGAUAAUAUCAACAAGGUGUAAAGGUUGUUAGUUGUUACAAAUUGUUGACAGCUUGUUCCAAACUUGUUGACAACUUGGGACAAGCAGUGCGAACAACUUGUUGACGGCUUGUUGGCAAACUUGCUACAAGAUGUGAGAUUUUUGCGUGUGAAAUCCUCG